UUCGGAGGUGACUGUUGUGGUCACGCAGUGUUGGAAUAAGCGACAGUUUACGCACUUUGACUGUGUCUACCAAUCGUGAAAAGUUAUGAAAAACAUUCAACUGACAUUUGGUUGACCCUCGGGGCAAUUUGAUCUUUGCUUUCUCGCUACGUUUGGAGUAUAAACAAAGGAAAAAUGGCUUCUCAGAAAGCCAUGGAGGAAUUGGCUCGACAGUCAGGUUUUGAGGAUUUGUCAUUCGCUACAAGGACAUAUCGUCCGGAAUACGCUUCGUCUCCAGACCUACGAAGAUCGUACAGACCUCAACGCGUGAUCCGAACUUCUGAAAUAGAAUCUACGUUACGUGCCAAACUUGCUUUCACCGCAGGGGGGCGCGAUCGGGAAGGCCGAAAUAUUUUGACUAUACCAGCCGGAAAAACUGAAAAUUUGAGCGUAGAUCAGCUUGGAGAUACUCUCUCCUACUUAACUCAAUCACCAAGAUCUCUGAAGUGA